AUGGUUGAGCAUCCGAUCUAUCCGUUCGAUCGGUUGAUUAAACGGCAGCGACUACUGCUGAAACUAAUCGGUGUUGAUAGCUUCGAUCGCCGGUAUCGGUUCAACAAGCUAACCGUGAUGGUGAUAUUUCUCGCCGGGUUCUUUCUCGUGGUAUCGCUGUACGAUCUGUACCUGUUCCGGCACGAUAUGUUCAACUUUGUGUACGUGCUGAUAACGAUCUUUUUCGCCACGAUCGGGAUCGGCCGUAUCACGGUGUUUCUGUGGUACAGCAGUACGCUGUCGGGGCUGCUUUCCCAGACCUACCACACGUACCGGCUGGUAAAGGAGGAUGACGAGCGCAAAUGGAACAUUCUCGCCUGGUACACGCUAAUGUUCCAGCGUGCGGUGAAUGCGUACACGAUCCUGUUUAUCGGGACGUCCAUUGCUACCGGUAUACUGCCGCUCGGUAUCUAUCUGCUGUCCGGCGAGCGCGUCCUGCCGUACGGUGUGGUGCUCCCGUUCGUCGAUCCAUCCUCCCAGAAGGGGUACGAGCUGAACUAUCUGUAUCAGGUGAGCUGCAUCAUCUGGACACCGCCCGGGCUGGUUGCGUCGGAGUGUAUGAUGUUUGCCCUGGUGCUGAACAUCUGCAUACAGUACGACAUACUGGCGGUGCAGCUACUCGAUCUCGAUCAGGUGAUACGGUCGCACGAUCCUGACCGGGAGGCACUGAUCUCGCAACAGCUGCGCGCCAUCUUGCAUGGUCAGCAGCGUUUGAUUAGGUGA